UGCUGUUCCUCAAUGAGUUUGUAUGUUUCAACAGCUUUGUUGGCUUCAGGCGAGCAAUGAAGGCGCCAGAUCUGCUGUUCCUCCAUGGACGCUGUGUACGAAGCUCUUGCGUUUGAUAACAUGUCGCUGUUUCACAUGAACGCCGCACUCAGAUACGAGUACCAUGCAACGACCUGAUUUUCUAAGGUGCGAGUCGAACAAUGGCAGUACAAUCUGAGAGUUCAGUACGAAGCAACCCAAAGUCGCAAUACGUCCAGGAUGAAGCACUUCAGCCUUUUCUACGAGCGCAAUUCGACCCGGCCGACUACCUGAAUGCCACCUUGCCCUCGUUGGCCUUCUCAAAUCCCUCCAAAGACCGUGUCUCCCUCACCGAGCUAUCUUCGCAAACCCAGACUCUCAUCUCGCAACUCAACGCGCAAACUUCCCGCCUUACGAAUACCCUCAACCAACUGACCGAUGACAUACUCCGUAGUGGCAGCAGACUCGCCUACCAGGUCGAGAUGCUCCGCGGUGAGACUGCUGGCCUGACUGAUGCUCUGAACACGACCCUUCAAUCAGACAUUGCCCUGUUUACUCCUCAGCUGUCACAGGAGCCUACACAAUCCAACAAUGCCAAUGUCGCUCUCGAUGAAACUGCCACCUCUGCUGCCACUCAGCCCGCCGAGCCUGAAUACAUCAACAAGCUCCGCACGCUGGUCAUGGUACGCCAACGUCUCGACUCUGUCAUCAAAGUCUUUGGCGAGGCCAUGUCCUGGCCUAUCGCUCCUUCCGACCUCGUCUCGUCUUCGUUCAUCUCAGUAUCCGCCCCCUCUGCUGGGGGUCCAGAAGAAAUGCGCAAUCGGGAAGAGAAGGCAAAAGAACAUGCACAAAAGCUACGGGACGACAUCACGCAGCUAUUACAAACUGCUACGUCAGCAGAUGAAGGCAUCACCGCUGCGAUCAAGAGAAUCGACGAACUGAGAGAUCUUUGCUUCAUCUGGAAGGGUACAGCCGAGGAGAAGGCUCGCACACGCCAGAUUGACGGUCUCGAGAAGAUGGUCGAGGACGAACAAAAGGCUCUCGCUCGCAAGGCAGAGGCCAAGAAACGCACAGCUUCUCCUGCCGCAGUCGACUACCGAUACAAUGGCGCCCCUGAUGCUACACGCACAAGCAACCAGGGUAGUGGCUAUGGCUUCAUGAACAACCUUCGCCGCAUCAAGGACGAUAUCUAUCUUGAUUGAGGGUCUAUUCAUUCUUGAAAUUACGACUACGUAUUCGACCCGCAGGAUCGCAUCUGUUUGCGUCGCAGACAUGGCAUCGCCGAUCGUGAAAAUGUGGUGUGACUGCCGGGUAAUUAGAUGGUACCCUAUUUCCCGAACACAAGGGAAGGAGUACAUUG